AUGCCCAGUUUCCGGCCAUCCCAUUACCAGAUUGAUCUCUUCAAUCUCAUUCUUCGCCCCACGUUCUCAUACAAGGGGAGAGUACAGAUUGAACUAGACAUCUAUCAGCCAUCGAAUACAGUGUGGCUGAACGCGAAAGAGUUGGAUAUACUCGAUGCAACCAUCACUUUUGGUGAUUCAACCCUGACAUGCAAUGCAAUCAACCAUGUCAAAGCACUCGAACGAGUCGCAUUGGUAUUCCCGGGGAUUAUCACAGGCAAUAAAGCAACAAUUCUCGUCAAUUUCUCUGGCAUCAUCAACACCGCUCUAUCAGGAUUUUAUCGCACGUCGACGCAGCCCACCCGAAGCCAUGACGCCGCUUCUGACGAUGCAUACGUCUUAAGCACCCAAUUCGAGGGCUGCGAGGCGAGAAGAGCUUUCCCUUGCUUCGAUGAACCGUGUCUCAAAGCAACCUUUGACAUUCGUCUCGAAAUACCUGACAGCCUCCAAGCUCUAAGCAAUAUGCCAGUCAAGUGUGUCACGCCCCAGAAUGGCGGUACCAAGGUGGUUUCCUUUGAGACAACCCCCAUCAUGAGCAGCUAUCUUGUUGCUUGGGCUAUCGGCGAUUUUGAAUACAUCGAAUCAUCCACCAAGAGAAGUCCUGGAGGAAAUACCCUGCCCGUUCGAGUGUACACUACAAAGGGACUUUUACCUCAGGCCUCUUAUGCAUUAGAACAUGCGUGCCGUGUUCUAGAUUACUUUUCAGACCUCUUCGAGAUUGACUACCCGCUUCCGAAACUCGACCUGAUUGCCAUCCCUGAGUUUGCCCAUGGUGCUAUGGAGAAUUGGGGACUUUGUACCUUCCAAGCCACGGCUCUCCUGUACGAUGAAGCCACCUCAACUCUUGACAACAAGGAGCGAGUUAGUUACGUGAUUGCGCAUGAGCUUGCCCAUCAGUGGUUUGGCAAUCUCGUCACCAUGGAUUGGUGGAACGAUCUAUGGCUCAAGGAGGGCUUUGCCACUUGGGCUGGUUGGCUUGCAGCCGAUCAUUUCCAUCCAGACUGGAAAGUUUGGGACAAGUUCAUGUGUGAAGGUCUCCAGACAGCGCUUCAACUUGACUCACUCAGGGCAUCACAUGCUAUCGACGUCGAGAUAAGAAAUGGCCCGGAUAUUGAUGAGAUAUUCGACGACAUUAGCUAUCUCAAAGGUACUUCGUUGAUUCGCAUGCUGGAUGGACAUUUAGGUCGCGAUUUGUUUCUCAAAGGUGUUAACAGUUAUCUGGCUAGCUUUGCAUAUGGGAAUACUACUUCAUCAGAUUUGUGGAAUCACUUGAGCCAAGCAUCAGGAAAAGAUGUUGCAUCAUUCAUGGACGCUUGGAUGCAUCAGAUAGGCUUCCCGGUGGUCUCGGUCAGCUAUGAAUCGAGCCAACUUCAGCUAUCACAAGAGCGGUUCUUGCUUACGGGCGACUUGAAUCCUUCUGAGUCUGAAGCUGUGUGGUGGGUUCCAGUGAACCCGAUCCUCCUUGGCCCCGGCCAGGAAUUGUCGAGCAAGUCUCUACGCGUGCAAUUUGACCUGAAGACGGGAGUGGACAUCGUAAAGCUCAAUGCAGGUCAGGCGGGCUUCUUCAGAGUCACCUACGCCCAAGACAUCUUUGCCCGGCUUAUUCACAAUCUGGAUGCCCUCACAGCUGGGGAAAAGGUCUCUCUCAUUGCGGACACUACGGCUCUUGUACGAGCUGGCCGGAUGAGCGUGGUUGAGCUCCUCCAGCUACUGUCAUCGUUUCUAUCCGAGAUCAAUUACUUCGUAUGGUUACAGAUUUCCAAGGCGCUUGAUAUUCUCAGCUCGAGUUUCUCCGACACUCUCGGAGAUGAGCUUUCAGGCUUCGCAAGAUGGCUGGUACAGGAUAUAACUCCCACUGUUGAAUGGGAAGUGAUGCCGGGCGAAGAUCACAACAAGACAAAGAUGAGAGCCCUGAUAAUCAAGAUGGCAGGUUUGGCAGGAGACAAGGGUACGAUCAGAGAAGCCCUGCAAAGAUUCGAAGAAUACCCUGGCAACACGCUUCACAGCAGCCUUGUCCCGACUGUGAUCUCCAUCGCGAGUGUUCAUGGAGGCUUAUCUGCCUACCAGAGGUUGAAGUCUCUCUACCUUGACCCUCCUCCCACGUCGAUCGGCCACGGUGAGACUUACUUGCGAGCGCUGGCAAUGUCCCCUUUACCAGAAGCAUUUGAUGAUUACCUUGGAUUCCUUCUCACCACCAAGGUUCAAGUCUCGGAUCUGCACGUUUCGGCCAACGCGAUCUCUGCGCAGCCAUCAGCCCGGAAAGUGUUUUGGGGCUGGCUGAGAGAGAACUGGGCAAAGAUCUUGCUCAAAUUUGAUGGGGCCUGGCCGAGCCUAGACAAAUUCUUGAGGCAAGGUCUUGGCGAGCUGUGUAGCAAUAGUUCGGAGGAAGAGGUACGGAGCUUCUUCUCGGAGAAAGACUGUGACACGAUUGGCUUUGGGAGAGGCAUGGAUGUGGUGAUGGAGCGAAUUCGGGUGAAUGCUCGGUUCAGAGAGCGAGAAGAGGGGGCACUUGGAGAGUGGUUAAGCGAAAAGGGGGGCCGGCUCGCUUGA